AUGUCUGCAUUCCGAGUUGCGUUGAUCACCGGCGGUGCAUCUGGAAUAGGACUUGGUGUCGCAGAAGGACUACUGGCACAGAAAGGGUGGCGUGUUUACCUACUCGAUCGUAAUGUUAAAGCAUUCGAGAACCUUAACCCUGAAAUUAAGGCUGCGACUAAUUUCCGGAAUAUUGAUGUUGCGGAUUACGAUAGUCUUGCAACAGUGUUCAAGGACAUCUAUGUACAUGAAGGCCGGAUUGACUUCGUUUUCGCCAACGCUGGUAUAGGGGGUGCACUGGACUUUUACGAGACAAAGGAUGAAAUCGCCCCACCUCCAAAGCCAAACAUCAGCGCCAUAGAUGUGAACUUGAACAGUGUGUGCUACACUACCUACCUAGCCGCUCAUUAUUUCAAGUUACAAAAGCUUGAAGAUGCAUCUGUUGUCAUCACAGUGAGCGAGGCGGGAUUGUAUCCUGUCAUCUUCGCUCCGGUGUAUACAGCAUCAAAACACGGUUUAAUCGGCUUUUUGCGAGCGGUCGCCCCCGUAUUGAUCGAUCACAAGAUUAGAGUAAAUGCCAUAUGUCCUGGAACUGUCCCAACACCAAUCUUGCCGCCCGAGCUACUGAAACUAUGGCCAGAGGAAAUACAUACACCACUCUCAAAUGUGGUAAAAACAGUACUCGCUCUUGUGGAUGGAAAGGAGAUGACGGACGCAGUCGGAACGAAGGUUUCUGCAGACAGAUUGUACGGUCAGACCGUAGAGCUCAGCGUUGACAAAAUCUAUUUCAGAUCACAACCGGAAUAUUGUGACGAAGCCUCUAAACAGGUUUCGCACAUUGUCAACAGCUUCACUGAGGCAACUUCACUUUGA